CUCUCAUUUUCUUAAACAAAGCAAACCUCAUCUCCUCCACCUCCAUUAACAAAUCCCACAAACUCUGCCGAUACAUACACUACUACACUACACAAUGGCCUAGCUGUUUCUUGGAUCCCGAGAUUCUGCCACAAUAUUUUAUGCACCUAUAUAUCUAAAUUACUCAUAGCCCGCAACGACAUGAUCUUGUUUUCCUCCCAAAUUCGCCUCUCCCUAGGUUCAAACCCAUCGGAAUUUGUAUCAUAGAUCCUUUUUAUGUUUCUGUGAUGCCUGUUUUUCGAUGCCCUCUGCUUCUCCUUCUCCCUCUCCUCGCAUUCUUUUCCCCUGUUUCCAGCCUUAACUCUCAGGGCCAAGCCCUCCUCGCCUGGCGGCGGACCUUCAACGCCUCCGCCGACGCGCUCAGCGCCUGGAGCCCUGACCACGCCACCCCGUGCUCGUGGUUCGGGAUCUCCUGCAAUUCUAGGAAUGAGGUUGUGGCGAUCAAUUUGAAGUAUAUUGACCUCCUCGGGAAUGUUUUAUCGGAUUUUACCUCGUUGAGGACUUUGAACGAACUGGUUCUGUGCGGGACUAAUCUCAGUGGCGCAAUUCCGCCAACAGUUGGCGAGCUUCAGCAAUUGAAGUUGCUAGAUUUGAGCGAUAAUUCAUUAACCGGGGAGAUUCCUGAUUCAAUUUGCACUCUGCAGAAGCUGGAGCAGCUCCAUCUCAAUAGCAACAGGCUUGAGGGUUCGAUUCCGGUUGAAAUCGGUAACCUCGCCGCGUUAACGGAGCUGACGCUCUUCGAUAACCAGCUCGUCGGCGGAAUUCCGGCGAGCAUUGGGAGGAUGAAGCAGCUGGCAGUGAUAAGAGCAGGCGGGAAUAAGAACCUCGGUGGGGCUUUACCUCAGGAGAUCGGAAAUUGCUCGAAUUUAGCCUUGUUGGGAUUGGCGGAGACCAGCAUUUCCGGCUUCCUACCGCCGUCGCUGGGGCAGUUGAAGAAACUGCAAACGCUGGCAAUCUACACCACCCUCCUCUCAGGGCAAAUCCCGCCGGAGCUAGGCGACUGCACCGAGCUUCGCAACAUUUAUUUAUACGAAAACUCGCUAGCGGGAUCGAUUCCUGCUCAAUUGGGGAAGCUGCAGAAGCUGGAGAAUCUCCUGCUAUGGCAGAACAGUUUGGUCGGAACCAUCCCUCCGGAGCUCGGAAACUGCAGCAGAUUGCUCGUGAUCGACGCCUCGAUGAAUUCGCUAACCGGCGAGAUCCCGGAGUCGUUCGGGAAUUUGAGCUUGUUGCAGGAGCUGCAGCUCAGCGUGAACCAGAUUUCCGGCAAGAUUCCGAGCCAGCUCGGCGGCUGCACCGCGCUGAAUCUUAUUGAGCUCGAUAACAACCAAUUAUCCGGCAGCAUUCCGGCGGAGUUCGGCAAUUUGCGGAAUUUGAGCCUGCUGUUCCUAUGGCAGAAUCGUCUGCAGGGAAACAUUCCGCCGUCUUUAUCCAACUGUCAAAACCUCGAAGCCGUUGACCUGUCGCAGAACGAGUUGACAGGUCCGAUUCCGAGUGGAAUAUUCGAUUUGCAGAAUCUUAAUAAGCUCUUGCUGCUGGCUAACAAUCUCUCCGGUCCCAUUCCGCCGGCGAUCGGGAACUGUUCGUCGUUGAUUCGGUUCCGCGCCAAUGAUAAUAAGCUGACCGGAAAUGUGCCGCCGGAGAUUGGGAAGCUGAAGAGUUUGAAUUUCUUCGAUCUUGGAUCGAAUAGGCUGUCGGGGAUCAUUCCGCCGGAGAUUUCUGGAUGCCGGAAUCUCACGUUUCUUGAUCUUCAUUCGAAUUCGAUAUCAGGGAGUUUGCCGGAGAAUUUGGAUCAAUUUGUUGCUCUGCAGUUUCUAGAUGUUUCGGAUAAUAUGAUCGGAGGUACGAUGAGUUCGAGCUUGGGCUCGUUGAUCUCACUGACGAAGCUGGUUCUCGGGGUGAACCGGUUUUCGGGGUCAAUUCCGAGUGAGUUAGGUUCGUGUUCGAAGCUGCAGUUGCUGGAUUUGAGCAGCAAUGAGCUUGAGGGGUCGAUUCCGGCUAGUUUGGGGAAUAUUCCGGCGCUUGAGAUCGCGCUGAAUCUGAGUUGGAACCGGCUCUCCGGUGGGAUACCGAAGGAGUUCACGUCGUUGGACCGGCUCGGGGUGUUGGAUGUCUCUCACAACCAGCUCUCCGGCGACCUUCACUACCUUGCUGAUCUUCAGAAUCUCGUUGCACUCAAUGUCUCCCAUAACAACUUCUCCGGCCACGUCCCGGACACACCGUUCUUCUCCAAGCUCCCGCUCAGCGUCCUAGCCGGAAACCCGGAGCUCUGCGUCACUGGCAGUGCAUGCGCGGCCGACAAGGGUGGCACUGCCAGGCACGGGAAGGGGGCGAGGGUGGCCAUGGUGGUGCUGCUCUGCACAGCGUGCAUCUUGCUGCUGACCGCUCUCUACUUGAUCCUCGGUGGCAAGAUCCGGUCCCGUGGGUCCCGCAAUGGCGACGUAGACAACGAGGAUGAUGUGGAGUUGGCAGGCCCGUGGGAGGUCACUGUCUACCAGAAGCUUGACUUGUCAAUAACUGACGUGGCCAAGUGCUUGACACCUGUCAACGUGCUCGGCCACGGCCGGACCGGGGUGGUCUACCGGGCUUUGACUUCGGGCGGGCCCACCAUCGCGGUCAAGAGAUUCCAGUCUUUAGAGAAGUGCUCGGCCUCUGCAUUCUCGUCAGAGAUCGCGACACUAGCCCGCAUCCGGCAUCGGAACAUCGUUAGGCUGCUUGGGUGGGCCGCGAACCGGAAGACCAAGCUAUUGUUGUACGAUUAUCUUCCUAACGGCACAUUAGGGGCAUUACUGCACGACGGACAAGGGGAGCGGGUCGAGUGGGACACUCGGUUCAAGAUAGCGUUGGGGGUCGCUGAGGGCCUCGCUUACCUGCAUCAUGACUGCGCACCGCCAAUCCUCCACCGCGACGUCAAAACGCAUAAUAUUCUUCUCGGGGAUCGGUACGAGCCGUGCUUGGCUGAUUUUGGACUAGCAAGGUUUAUGGAUGGUGAAAAUGCUGGCUCAUUUUCAGCACACCCCCAACUUGCUGGAUCAUAUGGUUACUUUGCUCCAGAGUAUGCUUCCAUGGUGAAAAUAACGGAGAAGAUCGAUGUCUACAGCUACGGCGUCGUCCUACUAGAGAUCAUAACUGGCAAGAAGCCAGUCGACCCUUCGUUCCCAGACGGCCAGCACGUUGUCCAAUGGGUACGCAACCACCUGAAGAGCAAACAGGACCCGGUCGACAUAAUAGACCAAAGUCUUCGAGGCCUCCCGGACACACAAAUCCAAGAGAUGCUCCAAGCCCUCGGAAUCGCCCUUCUCUGCACGAGCAACCGGCCUGAUGACCGCCCGGCCAUGAAAGACGUGGUUGCCCUUUUGAAAGAGAUCAAGCACGAGCCCGUGGCAGGAGCUGACCAAGCUCACAAGCCCGCAGCUAGGUCGCCUAAAGGGUCUGAGGUCCCCACCUCAUACUCGUCCUCAUCAGUGACCCCGUCUCAGCUGCUGCUGCUCCAAGGAUCAUCUAAUUGCUCCCUGGCUUACUCCUCCUCUUCCACAAACUACAACAAAUGAGCAUCAAUGAUUUGUUGAAACCACUUCUUUUAAUUUUUUGGAUUUUUGUUAGGAAUAGGACAGCAGUUAGAUGGCAAUGUAAAGAGGUAGGCGCAUUAUUUGAUUAUAACAUCAAGAUCAUUGUUACAUUAUCUAAAAAGGAAAUGAGCAAGUUUCUUAUAACUAAA